AUGUGUUUUUUUUAAUAAGGAGAGCUCAGGAGUUGGUCUUGCUCUCUUCUGGGUGACGCGGACCCCAAGUGCUUCUUCACCAGAACUUCACUCCACUGUUGGCUUUUCCCUCCUCUCCUCCGCACCCGCCCUCCCCUCUCCUAUUGAAAGUACACAUCCACGCACGCCUCUCGCCCACCAAGGAGCCCUGGGAACCAUGAAGUGGAGCUGGGUGUUAGCCGUGGUCCUGCUGUCGGUCGGGGCACCGUCCUGGGCCAAGGAUGGCCUGGACUUCCCCGAGUACGACGGCAAGGACCGCGUCCACGACCUCAACGCCAAGAACUUUAAGUCAGUGAUGAAGAAAUACGACGUGAUGGUGGUGUACUACCACGAGCACCCGGGGACCAACCGCGCCGCCCAGAGGCAGUUCCAGAUCGAGGAGCUGGCGCUGGAGCUCGCAGCCCAGGUCCUGGACGAGUUUGACGACGAGGAUAUUGGGUUCGGCCUCAUCGAUGAGAAAAAGGACAAGAUUGUAGCCAAGAAGUUAGACCUCGAUGAGGCCGACAGUAUCUACAUCUUCACUGACGACGAAGUGAUUGAAUACGAUGGAGAGCUGGCCGCGGACACCCUUGUGGAGUACAUUUUUGAUGUGCUGGAAGACCCGGUGGAGAUGAUUGACAACCAGCGGGAGCUCAAGGCCUUCCAGAACGUGGAAGAGGACAUCAAACUGGUGGGCUACUUUAAGAGUCACAAGUCGGAACAUUUCCUUGAGUUCGUCGACGCUGCUGAAGAAUUCCAUCCCGAUAUUAUGUUCUACGCAACAUUCAAUGCUAAGGUGGCCAAGACUCUAGAGCUGAAGCUGAAUGAGGUGGACUUCUACGAACCCUUCCUGGCCGACCCCCUGGUCAUCCCUGGCAAGCCCUACACUGAGAAGGAGCUGGUGGACUUCAUUGAGAACCACGACAGACCAACCCUGAGGAAGCUGCAGCCCCACAACAUGUAUGAGAUCUGGGAUGAUGAUGUUGGUGGUGAACACAUUGUUGCCUUUGCAGAGGAGUCUGACCCAGAUGGUUAUGAGUUCUUGGAGAUCUUGAAAAAGGUUGCAGAGGACAACACAGAUAACGACGACCUCAGCAUUGUCUGGAUUGACCCUGACGACUUCCCGCUGCUGGUCCCUCACUGGGAGAAGACUUUCGGAAUCGACCUGUCUGCGCCGCAGAUCGGUGUUGUUGAUGCUGAUGAUGCUGACAGUGUAUGGCUGGACAUGGACGAUGGGGACGACAUGCCAACCAUAGCCGAACUGGAGGAUUGGAUUGAAGAUGCUCUGUCAGGAGAUAUUGAUCCUGAUGAUGACGACGAUGAUGACGACGAUGACGACGACGAUGACGACGAUGAUGAUGAUGACGAUGAUGAUGACGAUGAUGACGAUGAUGACGAUGAUGACGACGAUGAUGAUGACGACGAUGAUGAUGAUGACGAUGAUGAUGACGACGAUGACGACGAUGAUGAUGACGACGAUGAUGACGAUGAUGACGACGACGACGACGAUGAUGAUGAUGAUGACGACGAUGACGACGACGAUGACGACGACGAUGAUGAUGACGAUGACGACGAUGAUGACGAUGAUGAUGAUGACGAUGAUGACGAUGACGAUGACGACGACGAUGAUGACGAUGACGAUGACGAUGAUGAUGACGAUGAUGACGACGACGACGACGACGAUUAUUAAUUUAACAAAAUCAUUAUUUAUUCUGAGGCCUGACCAAUUCAGCUGUCAAUAACAUCAAGUGUCUUGAUUCAUCCAUUUUUGUAUUUUAUUAAAGGGGACAUAUUAUACCGCCAGUUGACAGUGUGAUUAGUCCUUAGAAGCCAUUUUGAAAAUCUGCAAUGUGUGCUCAUAGAUCAGUCUACCAGCCUACCCAAUGGACUGAAGCAAACGUUGCUCAUCUAUCCAGCACACAUCUAGGUGGACGAGUCGAGUCCAGCUGCAGCCCCGGAGAACAACACCCUGGCGUGACAACAACAACCCAGGCGCGACGGUAGUACUCUGGUGUGACACCAGAGAAGUGUGACACUUCCGUCACACCAGAGUACUUCCGCCGCACCUGGGUUGUUGGUGUCACGCCAGGGUGUUGACACCAACAACCCAGGCGCCAGGUGGACACGCCCACGCAGAUUUUCAAAACGGCUUGUAAGGACCAAUCACACUCUCACCUGGUGGUAUAAUAUGUCCCCUUUAAAAUUUGUUCAAUUCCAUUUGCUGUUUUCAUCAUCAAAUCCCUGCGAACAUGUCAAAUGCCCGCAGUCACAGCCACCAAAUAUCCUGUGCAAAUCUUUUGGAAGAAACUUUUUAAGAUCUCAUAUUUUUUAUUCCCACUGUAUAACAGUGUCUUGUACAAUAAAAGAAAAAAACAUUUUGGAAACUUUGACAUCUAAUGUUAUUCAUUUUAUUUUAUUUUUUUUACACAACUCUAAGUUCGAAGUUUCAACGUCAAUAGCGUUUUUUGUCUGAGUCCAUCUGUGAGUCUGUCUGUCACAUGUGCCGAAUGUCUUCUUUCUCAAUGUUGGGCCAUCUCUCUGUGGCCCCAGACCUCCCCAGCUGAGGGCCAAACGAAGGGUGCUUAUGGGGGUCUGCCUGCGACGAGUGCUAUCAGCCCCGGUGAACAUCACCGUGUUAAGAAACAUACAUUGAUGUUCAUCAGGGCUGAUAGCAUUUGAACCGUAGAACUAUGGUAACAUUAACCAAAUGUGUUAUCGUGAAUGUAACCUUACGUGCUAAAAGGUGCUGUUUUAUCACACAGAUGUUUUCUACAAUGAUGAAAUAUAACAACAGCGAUAUUCUAUUUUUGUAACAAGAGAAAAUACUGUAAAGUCUUAAAUAAAUAACAGCCUGGACAGAAAUGCUAA